AUGGCUCGCCCGCGCCGCACCUCGGCGGCAUCAGACCUCAGCUCAGUGCCGGAUCAGCACCAGGAGUUAAGCAGCAUGUACGACUACCUCGCCAAAGUCGUGCUCUUGGGCCCCUCCGGCGCCGGCAAAUCGUGCCUCCUGCACCGGUUCAUCAACCAAGAAUGGCGCGUCCUCUCCUCCCAGACCAUCGGCGUGGAAUUCUCCUCCAAGAUCGUCAAGGUGGGAGGCUCGGCCGGCCAGCGCGCCAAGAGAAUCAAGCUACAAUUAUGGGACACGGCGGGGACGGAGCGCUUUCGCAGCGUCAGCAGGAGCUACUACCGCGGCGCCGCGGGUGCGGUGCUCGUCUACGACGUGGCCAGCCUGGCGAGCUUCCACGCGCUGCCGACCUUUCUGAGCGACGCGCGCGCGCUGGCCAGUCCGCACCUGACGGUCGUGUUGGCGGGGAACAAGGCCGAUCUGGCGGAUGGGGCAUCAUCGCAGCCUGCGUCGGGUGCUGGACGGACGCAGGGCGUUCACAUGAACGGCAGUGCGCACGCUCAGAGGACUCCACGAGACCGAGACCAAUACCGCGACGACGACGCUUCGGCGGGGUUGGCCACGCCCGCGGCGUCGAGCGCCUCGAGUCGAAGAUCCUAUUUCCCCUACGAUUCCGGAGGAGGUGGUAGCGAGUCGCUCAAAUCGGCGACCUCGACCUCCACGCCUACCGCAACCACGCGAUCACGGGGCGACAGUAUCAAUCUGCUGGCCUCCCAGAAAUGGACCGCCACGCUAUCCGCCGACGGCCGUGAGGUCACUUCACAUGCCGCGUCCGUGUGGGCCAGUAAAGCGCUCAUUCCAUACACGGCGGAAGUGUCUGCGCUGACGGGCGAGAACGUCGACACCCUGUUCUACCGCCUCGCGGCCAUGAUUCUUACGAAGAUUGAACUCGGGGAGAUCGACCCGGACGAUCCGAGCAGUGGGAUCCAGUACGGCGACGGCGGCGAUGUGGAGAGCGUGACGACCGAUGGAGGAACCGUCAGGAGAAGAAAGGGCGGGACGGUAAGGAGAGGUGUGUUGCCCAACUUGGGCGAAUGGGAAGAUGUUUUCCGCCGGCCUGCAUCGAGAGGGGGGCGAUGUUGCUGA